AAGGGAAGGAAUGAAGUUUAGUACGCUGACAUUAAACGACAGAUUUAACGAGAAGAUCCCUUAGCAACACGAAUUAAAACGUUAUUGCUGGAUGUUGAGACUCGAGUAGCCUAUUCAGUCGAGCCGAUGGUUCAACUUUGGGGAGGCUCUGCAGUGGACAUCGCUCACGAGAAAUGAUGAAGGCGAGAGGAAGGAGUGCGCACUCAAGGAGGCUGUGAGGUGAUGCUGUGACACAUUCACCAGCAUUCAGCGGAGUCAGCACGUUGUGUUGCAUCUAUGGACUGCGGUGGUGGAUGUGGGCAAGAUCUGAGGAGCAUGGGGCCAGUAUGCGUUGAAGAACGGCGGUGUAUGGCGGUGGUUUUAAAAGGCACAUCUCGAUCAGAGAAACCUACCAAGUACUAACUCUGGAUUUUACCCAAAGGGAGGCUGUUGAUAACCCAUGUGGUUUAGACAUUUCAUUCACGGAUGUGGAUACUAGGCUUAUUUUAUGUGUCCAGCACAACAUAUCAACGGUGGUAGAUUUAUCCCCCAUUUAUUUACAGAUUUUUUUAGAAGAUUUGUUCUCUUCCAGCCCCCCUCCCCCUUUUUUGCACCUGCUUUGCUUUGUCAAAGCUUACCGAGCGCUUUAGAGCGCUGCUUUUACUUGCAUCUCCGUACAUCGUGCAUGGAUUCUACAUGAACUGGGUGUUUUGUGAGGGCUGCAGUGAUGUUCCCAUUUACUGAUAUCGCCUCACAGCUAACAUUACCUGACAGAAAUGGACUGCCAAUACAUUUUUGGGAAGAGAAAAUCAGCAGGCAUUAAAUUAUGAAUGUUGAACAAGAUGACCUCUUACCAUCAGCGCCAGAUGUUGAGAGGUCCUAAAUGGAACGGGGCUUGGUUUGACCCCCUGUUUCUCCUGCUUUUAGCCCUGCAGUUGCUUGUUGUCGCUGGAUUGGUACGAGCCCAAACUUGUCCUUCCGUAUGUUCCUGCAGUAAUCAAUUUAGUAAGGUCAUCUGCACACGCAGAGGGCUAAAGGAUGUCCCUGAUGGCAUCUCCACUAAUACACGGUAUCUAAACCUUCAGGACAAUCAGAUCCAGGUCAUCAAAGUAGACAGUUUCAAGCAUCUACGACACCUUGAGAUUCUUCAGCUUAGCAGAAACCACAUCCGCAACAUUGAGAUUGGCGCCUUCAAUGGGCUGACCAGCCUUAACACUCUGGAGCUUUUUGACAAUCGCCUCACGACCAUCCCAAAUGGCGCCUUUGAGUAUCUAUCAAAACUGAAAGAGCUGUGGCUUAGGAAUAACCCUAUUGAGAGCAUACCGUCUGAUGCCUUCAGUCGCUUGCCCUCCCUGCGGCGGUUGGACUUGGGAGAGCUGAAGCGUCUCUCCUACAUUUCGAGUGGAGCAUUUCAGGGCUUAAGUAACCUUCGGUACCUGAAUCUAGGCAUGUGUAACCUCAAAGAGGUCCCCAAUAUUCAGCCCUUGAUUCGCUUGGAUGAGCUGGAGAUGUCUGGGAACCAGCUCACCGUCAUUCAGCCCAGUUCUUUUAAGGGUCUCGUUCAUCUUCAGAAGCUGUGGAUGAUGCACGCCCAAGUCCAAACCAUAGAGCGGAACUCCUUUGAUGACCUGCACUCUUUACAAGAGCUCAACCUGGCUCACAACAACCUUACCUUUUUGCCCCAUGAUCUCUUCACGCCUUUACACCACCUGCAGCGAGUGCAUUUGCAUCACAAUCCCUGGAACUGCAACUGUGACAUUCUUUGGCUGAGCUGGUGGCUGAGAGAGACCGUACCUACGAACACCAGCUGCUGCGCCCGCUGCAAUUCCCCUCCCAGCCUCAAGGGGCGCUACAUCGGCGAGCUAGACCAGAGCUACUUUCAGUGCUACGCGCCUGUUAUCGUUGAGCCACCUGCCGACCUCAAUUUGACUGAAGGAAUGGCGGCAGAGCUAAAAUGUCGGACGAACUCAGUGACCUCGGUCAGCUGGCUAACACCAAAUGGCUCCAUCAUAACACAUGGGGUUCUCAAGAUGCGCAUCUCCGUCCAAAACGACGGAACAUUAAACUUCACCAACGUCACCAUACAGGACACAGGAACCUACACUUGCAUCGUAAGCAACACGCUAGGCAACAUUUCGGCAUCUGCUGUCCUCAACGUGACGUCCGUUGACAACAGUGGCUUUAGUUACUUCACUACGGUCACCGUAGAGACAACUGAAACCGCUAUCGAUGGGGAGAGUAGGACACCAGUGCAGCCUUCUUUCGGCUGGGCGUCCUCUUCAACCACAAGGGGAACACCUAUUGCCACAGAGAGAGCGUACACCAUUCCUGUGACUGAUAUAGACAUUGAUGGGGCUCUCAAUGGUUUGGAGGAGGUGAUGAAAACCACCAAGAUCAUCAUUGGCUGCUUUGUGGCCAUCACACUCAUGGCUGCCGUCAUGCUCAUAAUUUUCUACAAGAUGCGCAAGCAGCACCACCAGCAGGAUCAUGAUGGGCCGACCCGCACCAUCGAGAUCAUCAGUGUACACGAGGAGCUGACGAGGGUUCCGGCCAUGGAGAGUCACCUGACUCUUCCGCCCUUGGAGCAUUACAACCACUAUAACUCCUACAAAACUGCUUAUAACCAUGUGUCGGCUCUCAGCUCGCUGCAUAGUUCAGUGCAUGAACCUUUACUAAUCCAAGCCAGCUCAAAGGAUAACGUGCAGGAGACACAAAUUUGACCAUGUUGGACGAAUUUAACUCUACUAAUGCUGUUUAAAUUUUGGUUGUGGACACGCUGUCAGAAUGAAGAUGACAGUGUGCUUUAAGACCUUCAGCAAUGUCAGUGAG